AUGAGCAAAAACUUCUAUCCUAAUGAAGUCUCGCAAUAUAUUGACGAUGAAUAUAUAACGCACUUUGAGGAAAAUCAAGAUCUGAGAUCUGGAAUUCAAAUUCAAGUUCUCGAUCCACUACUCUGUUCUUUGAGAUUCUCGUCAGCCAAUCGAUUUAGAACCUUUUGCUGUUCUACAAAGUAA